AUAUAAAUUAUCUGCACUUCGCGCAAAGUGACAGACAGUUCGUUCGCGUAAAGGCAUUAGAUACCCAUCGGCAAGCCUACCUCUUGCAUCCCUUCUCAACAGGUUUUGAAUCUCGCGUAAUUUACGGGUAUUAUCCGUCCAUGACAACCGAGCUUUCGCGCGCGCACCACAGUUCAGAUCCCAGUAGGCAGUUAUUCGGUGCGGUCAGAUUUAACCAUCGUAAGUGCCAAGAGAUGCAGUGCAGAUAGCAAUAGUUGGAAGUAAUACCGAUGCGCAAAAGUGGUGGUAGAUCAUCAUCAUCAUCGUCGCCGUGAUCGUCAUCGUCAUCAUCAGAAGACGCCCCAGAGAAGACGAGACAGGGAAGGCAGUCGAAGGAAUUUCAUUCAUCCGUUUUUCGUUGCCGUCGUCGUGGCGACGCGAGAAGUGUUGGAAGGUGGAGAUUACCUGUCAGCGCGUGAGGCCUUCUUCGAUCAUUCGCUUACUAUAUUCCUACAUAUUGGAGAUCAUUGAGAUCGAGUGUAGGAUUCUGACAAAACAGUGUGCCGUUUUGUCUGCGGGUCUACUACGACGUCCGACGUCCGCGACGACGACUGCUGCGAUCAAGAAGAAGUACAUGUAAACAAAAGUGAUGAGGUGGACAAGUGGAUGAUCGAGGACGAUCGUCAAGUGCAAAGAGACUCUGUGCUGUGCUGUUCAGUUCGGUGACAAAGGAGAAAGUUUUUUUUUGCUCCUCUGUAGAAGAUGAUCCUGUGGCUUCAGUUGGUGCUAGUGUUGGCUGGGCUGGUCCUGGUGCGGUUAGUCUAUCUAUUGGUGGCGAUCCAAGCCACUUCAAGGCGGAAAGAUGGUGCUCAGGUUGUGGGAACCAAGCGGAAAGGUCCGGCCAAUACGAUGAUCGUGAUGGGUUCCGGAGGUCAUACGGCCGAAAUGCUGCAGAUCGUGGAGCAGUUGGACUUUGCCAAGUAUGCUCCCCGGGAGUACGUGAUCGCCGAGGCCGACAAGACUAGUGUCGUGAAGGUGAUCGACGUAGAGGUUCGUCGGGAACCUGAUCUGGCCAAGCAGCAGUACGAAAUCGUGACCAUCACACGAAGUCGUCACGUCCACCAGGGUUACUUCAGUUCGAUAUUCACCACCUUGAUGGCGGUGGCCAACAGCAUUCCGGUGGUGUUGCGAUCGCGACCGGAUCUAAUCCUGACCAAUGGGCCCGGAACGUGCGUUCCGAUCUGCCUGGUAGCAUUCCUGUCCAAGUUGUUCUUCAUCAACCGUAACUGUAAAAUAGUUUUCGUAGAGAGCUUCUGCCGCGUGAAAAGCCUCUCUCUGAGCGGCCAAAUUCUCCAGUGGAUAACGGAUCUGUUUGUGGUGCAGUGGCCCGGGCUGGCCUCGACGGCAGCGAACGGUUCCGCCCUCGGCCGGAAGAAGGAAUACUUUGGACGGUUAUCGUCUUGAAGCCAAACAGUCGUCGCAGGCGAGAGAGCGUCCCAGUCCCCACAUCCAAGCAACCCAACCAACCAACCAUUCUACCAAUUCCUCCGACCUACUAUGAUCCGAUGUGAGAACGACAGAGAGAGAAAGAGAACAGACGAACGUGCGUGCGUGCGUGCAAGAGUGAGAGAAACGAAUCACAAAGUUGGCGAGUGAUUUCAGUGCGGAGUCUUAUGUAUCUUUUAUCACUUAUCGCCUAGGUAAUCGCCUAUCGGUUACUAGAUUUGAAACAUGCUAUAAUAGAUGGAUUAGCAGUGCUCUGGUGUAUCAUUGUUUUUUUCUUUUACAAUCUAUCUUUACGUUUAAAUAUAAUGUAUUGUCGUCGUAAUGUUUUAUAAAUAAUUUAUAGGUUCAACUUGUA